AUGUCCGAUCCAGAGUCGAACAAAUCUCACGCGGCUCGCACUGACAGUGUGUCACAAUCGGAUCUCGUUCGCGUUGUACUAGCCAGAGCCAACAAAGCGAGACUUGCUGAUGCAGGACUCGAUGCCGAUAUACCAACCAUCGCCGGCGUCCCCGGCAUCAAUGAAAUUAUCAACACCGCUGACACUCCUCGACAAGUUGACUUGCUUCUCCAACAGCCUGUCAAAAGCAACCCUCCGAUACAAGAUUAUGAGAUUCCUACUCCACAACAAGAGUCCGAAAGCUUGCAAACUUUUGCUGGGAUAGCUGCCGCUCUGCGUCCUGCUUUUCAACCGCGGGCUGGUGAGAUCCCACAGAUGCCUCUGGAAGACGCGUGGGCCCUUGGUCUACAUACUGUCCAGCAUAACUUGCAAGUCAAUAGCCCAUGGCCUUACCAGAUGCCGAUGGUUCUCGUCCCUGUUAAUCUGACCCAACGCCUACGAGAAGUCAUCGCCGAAAUUCCCACUCAAGAUCAACAGCGCUUCAUCGCCCUAUCUCGCACUGACCAGGAGGCUCAGCUUGAAACGCUGAUCCGCCUGAGACAUGGGCGUCUUGAGAAAUGGCAGAUACUUCAAGCACAGCCCCGACCUCGACCUCGCGAAGCGUUCCACCCGCGAUAUCGCCUUGCCUUGGACCGACUCUCGCCUGAGUUGCAGGAUACAGUCAUGCACGUCGUCCCGAAAACGCAACAGUUCCUCCUCCACUUCAAUGGCGAGUAGCAGCAGCAAUUGAUGGGAAAAUGUACGACCGAGUUGAAGAACCUACGCAGGACCAUCAUGCAUUUACACCCCUUGUUCCAUCAGUUCCUGGAGCCGCACACGACCGAGUACAUGCAAUUGUUCUUGAGUUUCGGCUCUGAAGAUCAAGUUGAUAUACUUACAUGGAGCGGACUACCCACCGGUAUUGAUAUGCCUGUAUUCGCAAACGAAGAUAAUGCAGAAAAAUUGGCUAUGCACAAGCGCGGGUAUAUCAACUUGAGUCUUUGGGCGAAAUCCGGUUCUCGGACCAAAUGGCUUCUCAACCGAGGAUAUCACAAUGCUAUGUCUUGAUAUUCCUAGAUAACCGCACGGUCAUUCUGAAGAAGUCUUGGACUUCUGCUAACAGGUCAUUCUUUUCACGAAUUUUCUC